AUGCUUGCUGUGCUCUGUUCCUUCUUCUACAGCCUGGACCUGCUCAAGGUGGACGUGGAGGGCGCCCUGGAGCGGGUUCUCGCCGGGGCCCGCCAGACCUUGGCGCGCGCCCGCCCGCUGCUGGCCGUCGAGUCUCUCGGCCCUCGGCCGCCCACGGAGGGCGUCCUCGGCGAUCUGCAGUACCGCUGCGAGGAGGUGAUCAAGGCCCACCGCUCACGGUCACCGCGCGUUCGUCACCACACGGAGUUGGGGAGUCCCGACGCUGGCGCCGGCACGGGGCCAGGCGGCAGCGGCUGCGAGCCGUGCGGCGCCCCGGCUGUCCUCGCAGAGGGCCCUCGCGGCGGACUCGCCCUCCCGGCUGGCCGUGCAUGA